AAAACCCUCCUGAAGCCCGGCCCCGCGGAAGGAAGGAACGGUUUCAGAGUUGUUUGUUUCUGUUUGAUAGAAGAACACUGCAAGGCUCUGGUUUUACUCUGUGCGUGCCUAGACAAUCUCCAGAAGCAGUUUAGGGCAAGCGACGAGAACGCUGGGCAACCGAAAGGAUGCACUACGUGCUCGACUUUAUCCUGAUACUCCCCUUGCUCAUCGUCUUCUGUAUAGAAUCUUUCGUCAAGCUUUUUAUUCCUAAGAAGAAAAAAUCAGUCGCCGGCGAGAUUGUCCUGAUCACUGGAGCUGGUCAUGGAAUUGGAAGACUGACUGCCUACGAAUUUGCCAAACUUAAAACCAAAUUAGUUCUCUGGGAUAUCAAUAAGAGCGGCAUUGAGGAAACAGCCUUAAAGUGCAGGAAACUGGGCGCCCAGGCCCAUCCCUUUGUGGUGGACUGCAGCAAGCGGGACGAGAUCUACAGUGCAGCAAAAAAGGUAAAGGAAGAAGUUGGGAGUGUUAGCAUCCUGGUAAAUAACGCUGGCGUUGUCUACACUUCAGAUCUGUUUGCUACACAAGACGCUCAAAUCGAAAAGACUUUCGAAGUCAAUGUGCUUGCACACUUUUGGACCACAAAGGCAUUUCUUCCCGACAUGAUGAAGAAUAAUCAUGGCCAUAUUGUCACCGUGGCAUCAGCAGCCGGGCACACAGUGGUUCCCUUCUUGCUGGCUUACUGUUCCAGCAAGUUUGCUGCAGUUGGCUUCCACAGAGCCUUGACGGAUGAACUGGCUGCCCUGGAAAAAACCGGAGUCCAAACGUCCUGUCUCUGCCCUAACUUCAUAACAACGGGUUUCAUCAAGAACCCGAGUACCAAUUUAGGACCCACCCUGGAGCCUGAAGAGGUGGUAGAAAAUCUCAUGUACGGGAUCCUCACCGAGAAGAAAAUGAUAUUUGUUCCAAGUUCUAUCAAGUUAUUGAUGGCAUUUGAAAAGAUCCUUCCGGAACGGUUCCUGGCGGUUCUGAAGCACAGGCUCAACAUUAAGUUCGAUGCGGUUAUUGGAUACAAAGACAAAUGAUGGCUCUGGCUUCACGAAAAGCUGACUUUCUGCUCUCAAGUUGAUUCCUUCCAUAUUAAUCAAAAUUUUAAUGUUUUCAA